GACGGGCGGCCUCGCGCACGGCCCCGGGGAGGCUUCCUUGUGUCUGCCGAGAGGCCGCGGCGGCCAUUGUGGGUGAGGGCAGACUACAAGUAAUGGUGGCCGCCUGGAGGGUGACGGGGAGCUGAGCGCCAGGGGACGGCCGCUAGCUGGUACAGGAAGGGGAUCUCGGCAGCGGAUCACCAUAACCCGGGGGAGAGGGGAUAACAGAAUCUGAAGUCAUGGAUGGUCAAGAAGGAGAAACCACGAUCCACAAAAAGUUUGUGACAGAGGCAGAGGUUGAGGAGAAAAAAAAGAAAAGACAAGAGGAAUGGGAAAAAGUAAGAAAACCAGAGGAUCCAGAAGAGUGUCCUGAAGAGGUGUAUGACCCCCGAUCUUUAUAUGAAAAACUUCAGGAACAGAAAGACAAGAAACAGCAGGAAUAUGAAGAGCAAUUUAAAUUCAAGAAUAUGGUGAGAGGUUUGGAUGAAGAUGAAACAAACUUCCUUGAUGAGGUUUCAAGGAAACAAGAGCUGAUUGAAAAGCAGAGACGAGAGGAAGAAUUGAAAGAAAUAAAUGAAUAUCGAGCCCGCACAUUGGCAGCUUCAAGCACAGACCACAAGAAGAGAGAAACCGAUAAAAAACCUCUGGCAAAAUGCCUGGACAGCAAGAAUAAGUUUUCCCAGUCUAAGCUGUUGGCAGGAGCAGUCAGGCAUAGAAGUAAUUCUGAGGGCACAAGUGCAAAGAAAUUAAAAUUGGAUCAGGAUCAUGAAAAGAUGAAAGAAAGCCUCUCCAGCUCCCUUGGAAGCAGUUCUUCAGCAGGUUCCCUCCUUCACUGCCCUCCAGCCUCGGUUUGUAUCGGUAUCCUGCCCGGACUUGGGGCUUACUCGGGGAGCAGUGAUUCAGAGUCCAGCUCCGACAGUGAAGCCACAAUAAACUCCAUGGGAAAGAUCGUCACCUCUGUUUUUCGCACGGGCACUUUUCUGGAUGCUCCUUAAACUGGGCGAAAUUACCAAAGAUUUUAAAUGAAUUCUACAUACAGACUUGCCCAGUAGCUGAAGAACUCGGACAGGAUCUGUGUCCACGCUUUGCUGAACGCAGAAUCAUUUUUCACGUAGAUAAUUACUCACCUGGUUUUUGUUUCUAAUAAGAACGCUUAUUAAAACGAUUAAACUCUGUAGCUCA